UUUUCCCGACCGUCACCGAAGGCAACAGUUGCGUUUGCGGGGGACACGGAACACAGACGCAUCAGGAAAAACCGAAAGCGUUCACCUGGCUCAGUACAAAGAGCAACAUGGAAGAGAUAAAGACCGAACCUGUGGAUUUUGUGAGGGAAUUUCAAGAAUACCUGACACAGCAAACCCAGCAUGUCAACAUGAUCUCGGGCUCUGUUUGCGGAGAAAAGGAGUCAGGGGAGCCGUUUCAAGCCGUUGUCCCCAGGAGUGAGCAGAAUGGUCUGGACCCUCCGUCGGUGGAGGUGAGCCUGUCAAUGGAGGAUGGCUCAGAUGUACAGAUGGAAGGCCUGGAGAGGACCUGCGAUGGAAAGUACAAGUGCAGCUACUGCAGCUAUGCCAACAAGGGCAUGGCUCGUUUAAUAGAGCACAUCCGCAUCCACACAGGAGAAAAGCCCCACCGCUGUCAGCUGUGCCCGUUUGCUUCAGCGUACGAGCGCCACUUGGAAGCCCACAUGCGCUCGCACACGGGAGAGAAGCCGUACAAGUGUGACCUCUGCGCCUUCUGCUGUAGCGACCGCAGCAACCUGUCACACCACCGCCGCCGCCGCCACAAACUUCUGCCGACGAGAGUCACCCGCUCUCCUUUCACCAACAAGAGGAUGUUGAGCUCCCUGCAGAAGAGGACAGGUUCACUGGGCUACAGCAGGCGACUGCUCAUCAACUUCAACCCUUCCUCUGUGGGAUUGCCAAAGUCAGAUUAUCUGAAUGACUUGUCACACAAGAUCCACCACCAUUUGAACAGCAGUGAGUACAAGAACCUUCCCAAGGUGGAUGAGAACGACAGUCGUAACAGAGGUGCUAAUGGUUUGACUUUUAAUAAUCCGCUGGAUCAGCUGUCUACACUUGCUGGCCAGUUGGCCGAGCUUCACCCGGAGUCUCAGACUCCUGCAACCCCGGACAGGGAGUCCUUAACAGACGAGAAGCCCAUCCUCAUAAGACAGGUCUCUAGUGAACACGUUGCGAUGUGUUCAAACGGAGUGCAGACUUCACCGGCUAAAAGAGAAUCUCCCCCCUCAGGUCCUGGGAGUUGCAGUCCUGUUCCCGGCCUCGGCUUUGAGAACAGCGUGAACGCUCUCGCUGCGAGUGUUAGCAACAGCCAGCCGAGCACACCCACCCCUGCCCUGAACACACCGGACCAACAGCUCUUGCAUAAAUGCCAGCAUUGUGAUAUUGACUUUCUGGAUAAUAUCCUCUACACCAUCCAUAUGGGCUGCCAUGGCUACGAACAUCCGUUCCAGUGCAACAUCUGUGGUCACAUGUGCGUGGACAGAUAUGACUUUGCAUGCCAUUUUGCCCGUGGACAACAUAAAAAGUGAUUCCUUGCAACAUAGAGGCAUAUGGAGUCUUAGAUCCUGGUGUUUUCAGUAUAAUGCUUGGGGGGGGACACUGAUUUACAUUUUAUAUUUUUUCAUGUACAGUUUACUAUUCUUUUUUUAUUUUAUACUCACUAACUGCACUAUAUUCCAUAUUAGGUUUAGAUCGAUACAUACAAAGGGUGGACAAAACAACGUCUUGCAAUAUAACAGCUCUGCAGUAAAAACGCAAAGUGAAGCUCACAAAGUGUCUUUUCAGAUCGUCCUGCAUUCAGUAUUAGUUAGGACAGGAGUUCCCAAACUUUCUUAUGUCAAGGACCAAUACAGUAGAUACACAUUAAACCAUGGACCCCCAAUUUGACAUGCUUUUGUCCCCUCUGAUUGCCUUUAUUUUUAAGUUUGAAGAUAAUUAAAUAUUGGCAUUAGUUUGGCAUAUUAUGGAGAUUUUUGGGAUUGGCCAUGUCUUAUUGCUUUGCAGUGAGUCAGCAGUCUUUCACUCAGCUCCUAUAGGAAACCACCAUUACCAGAGCACCGGUAUUCAAACAUGAGCUUCACCAGUUCAGUAUUCAUUGUGGGGCUGCUAAACUGUACUUUUUUCCACCAUCUGUAUAUCGCUUGUUAGUCUACACCAAAGUUUCUAUCUCAGUUAAAUCAGCUGGACACAUUUCGAUGUGAGAAACUGAAGUGGACUGUUUAAAACAUGUUUGUGUCCAGACAGACUCAUUAUAAUCCUGCUCACUUUUCUGAUAUUCAUACCUCACUCCACAGACUCUAGGUGUCAACCAAAUCAGUGAGUAAUAUUUUAGAUAGGUUUGAAUAUUGUUUUUCCAUCUUUUUUGUUACUCAUUUAUACUAAUGAAAUGUUUUUCUACAAUAUUUAUAAACUGUCUUACUUACUUACAAGUACUUUUGUGAUAUUGUACAUGCCAUUUUUUAUAGCACAAAAUCUAUUAUUCUUUAGCUCUUUCUUAUUUGUAUGGUAGGAUGUUGAGACACUGUAAAAUUCCCUGUGACUCUAAGAUGUAAUUUUUCUUUGAAUUAGUUUGGUGAUGAUGUGAUUAUCUAAUUAUGGAGAAAAAGUAAGCAAGCAGAGAUCAUGUAGAUGACCGCUGGUGUCUAUCACUGUACCUUCAAUUUAAAUACAUUUUGGGGAUUUUGGCUUUUAAAAAUAAUAUUUGUGAGGGUUUAUAAUUACAGGAUUAAAAUGAUAGGAUAGGUAUGCAUUAUCUGUGUUUUGCUUAGUGUCACGAUGGUCCACAAAUUGAAGAGGACACGAUUAAAUUUGCCUUUGAAAAUUCA